GCCUGCGGCGAGCAAGCGAGAAAAGGCUGACGAUGUCAGAGACCUGCCACCGCUUUCAUGACCCCAUGUUUAAGUCAUAGGCGUUGGCUUCGGCUUUUGAGUUCACUUUUUGAAGAACAAAUAUCAAAUUAUCACAUAUCCAUCCGUAAGUAAUUAGCUCAACAGCUUUGGCAAUUGGCCUCUUCACAAGUUAUUUGAUCUUCGAUCGACAUGGCCAUGGAGGCUAAACAUCUCCAAAGCUCCGCCUCUGGAGUGAUGAUAAAGUACGGAAGGUGAUUUCGGAAAAAAAGAAGAGUCAGCAAGUAAGGAAAGGAGUAGAAUCACCGUCGAUGAAGUUGUGUAGCGGGAUCGGUGAUGAUCGUGGUCCUGUAAUCAAGCGGUGGAAGUCUCAGCUAACAGCAGCUCAGCUGGCUGAGCUACAGCUACAAGUGAUGAUAUACAAGUACAUAGCGGCUGGCCUCCCUGUGCCUUCUGCACUUGUACUUCCCACUUGGAAUAGCGUGGCUUCAUCUUUUGGGUUCGUUAAUGGACUAAACCCCAGCUUUGUGGGUUUCAGUCCUCAGGCAUUUGAUUAUAGAAACAUGAUGGAUCCAGAACCAGGGAGGUGUAGAAGAACUGAUGGGAAGAAAUGGAGGUGUAAGAAGACUGUGGUUUCUGGUCAGAAAUAUUGUGAGCGGCACAUGCACAGAGGCUGUCAGCGUUCAAAAAUGACUCUGGAAGUCACAGCUUCUAAUGCAACACCACUAAACAACUCAAGCAAGACUUCACAGAAUUCAGGAACCAGUGGUUCCAGUCCAAUCCCUGCAACUCUCUCAAGUAACCAUAAAAACUAUGGCAUGGCCUGCAGUAAUGUUGAUGCCAAAACGACUGGUACAACGAAGGCUGCUUUUGUAGUUAGUUGCCCAAAAAGCAUUAACACGAGCUUGAAUCCUAGGGGCAUUGCUGGCUGCAUAAAUGCUACUGCAAUCAUGAUCACCAGCACUGUUCCCACGGACUCCACCAUCACCACAGCAACUGUGGGAACUAACAAGGGUGGAAGUAACAACAAUCACAAGACUAAAACUAUUGCUGAUAGGAAUGUCAAUUGUAGCAACAAUGUUAGUUUGAAGAAUCUAAUCGAUGGAGCCAACAACAGCAGAAACAUCACAAAUACCAAAGGCGUUGCAUAUCAAGGAUUGAACUUCUCACCAAAUAGUGUUCUUCAAGUUCAAAAUUGUGGCACCGCAUCCACAUGCUUGUACAGAAGUUACGUUGAUGUUGAACCAGGUAGGUGUAGAAGAACAGAUGGAAAGAAGUGGCGAUGCCGCAGAGACGUUGUGCCUAGUGAGAAGUAUUGCAAGAUGCAUAUGCAUAGAGGUGCAAAGAAGCGCGUGGAAGCUUCCCAAUCAUCUGCUCUUCUCAAUGCCAACCCUGAGAUUAUCUCCACUACUAGCAGUUGUCUACUCCCUACUGCAAUCUUUCCCAAGAAAGGGAGUAUAAACUUAAACACUAAUCUUUCUAUCUCAAUCACAGCAAAUCCUCAACUAGAUAAUACGACUGACACCAACAUCAGCAAUAACAGUGAAACCACCAUCAGCAACACCUUAAUCGCCUCCUGCGAAGAUGGAGACUUAUCUUCUUAGCUUGGUCUGUAUGUUUUAAGUGUUGUGUUCCUGAUCUAAUACAGAAACAUGUAACUGAUGAACAAUGAACCUCUUUUUCAUGUUUCUUUAUCAAGCGAGGAAAUAUGUGAAAAGAGAACAUCCUGGUGGGGGCGAUCUGACUUCUGUAACUAUGAGAAAGGCUAAAUGGUUAAGAGAAAUUGUGUUGGCCAGAAAAUCAAAACCUGGAUUUCGAAUCUCAAUGAAGAAAGGGCUUUUCCAUGCA